AUGACCUCUUCAUGUCGCGACUGUGAUCGCGGUUCACAUCGGUGUGACGGAUGUCGUCGACUAUUUUGCAACACUCAUUUUUCAGAACAUCAACGCAGUUUAAAUCAACAAUUGGAUAAUUUAACCUCUGAAUAUUCGAAUUUGAAACAAGCUGUUGCUCUUCCACCAUCAUAUGAAAGUCUAACAGAAGAUACGGAACUUAUAAAUACAAUCGAUCGAUGGGAAGGUGAUAUUAUUCGACAAGUUAAACAAGUAGCUGAAGCUGCAAGAGAAAAAAUUCGUUGUCGAUCAAAUACUGCAGUAACUGAACGAUUUCGACCUGAAUUUGAACAAUUCACUGAAGAAUUGCAGCAGAUUCAACGAACAAAUCAUGCAUUCGAGCCAGAUAUUCAACGAUUGAUGACAAAAUUAAAUCGCUUCAAGUUAGAAGUUCAAGAUUCUCUCAUGAGUACAGCUGAAAUUAAAACAACACCAGUCGAUUGGACACAAUACUUUCAGCUUGCCAUGAAACAACACACAUUACAACGGUAUCAACAAGAUCUUCAUUUAGAUCGCUUGUUAACAGCACGGCCACGAAUAAGUAUAGAUGCUAGAGGCGCCGAUUGGCAUAUUUUAGGAAAACCUUCACCAAAAAAUUCAGUAUUCCUUCACUAUCAACAUACAAAGAAGAACAAACGCUUGUUAACUGUGAGUGUUGAUGGUCAACAAAAGCUAAUACCAUGGUAUGAAGAUCAAUCAAUAUGGGACAGUUGUUGGUCAUCGUUUCUCAACAAAUUCGUUAUAUUAGCUGAUAAUCGACUCUACACAUAUGAUGAUGAGAUUGUAACGUCGGAUUCGAUGCAAAGAAUCGAAGCAGUCAAACCAAAACGAGAUAGAAUGGAGUUUCUUCGUUGUGCCUGUUCAGGUGAAACACUUUUCAUUACCUAUGAUGAACGUAACAGUUCGAUUGAUGAAUACAAUAUGAGUUCUUGGGCGAUUGCUCAUCGAUAUGAAAAUAUUAUUAAACAAAAUAAUAUUAUUAUCGGCAUUGCUAUAUCAGAAACGAAUUCUAAUUUAAUUGGCAUGACAAUUCUUAACGAACGACAUAACUGGCAUUUUGAAUUAAGAGAUCGAUCAAUGCUACUCGUUUCAUCGGUACAACUUGACAAUAGUGAAUUUAAUCGAAGAUUGAUAUCACUUUCGAAUUCGUCUAUGAAUUGGCUUAUAAUUCAUACUGGAUCAGCAUUUUUCACAAUUCUGGACGAAAAUGCGGAAGGAAAACGAAUGAUACAAUGUGCUGAAAAUAUUGAUUUAGCUACAUAUUUCGCUAAGGAAAAUUGUUUGGCUGUUUUGACUCAGAAAAGUAAACUGAAUUUUUUUGAUUUGUAA